CCACCCGCUCCCCACGCCGGAAAGCUCAAAAGGAAGAACUCUCAAAUGCGGUGCGUCCAUGGCGACGCCGAUCAGCAUCAACCCACUCGCCCACGUUAGCGCCGCGCCACCGUCGCCCCGCCCUCCCCGGCGGCGUGCGGCGGCGGCGCCGGGACCGGCGGGGAAGGAGCUCUCCCGCUCGCGGUGCGCGCCGUCGUCCCCGCCGGAGUGGCGGGUUAGCAGGCGGUCGCUCUCCUUCUCCCUCCUGCUCGCUCACCUGAUCGCCGUCCCCGACCAUGCUAUUGCCGGCAGCUUUAUGGAUAAAUAUGUAAAGAAAAAAAGGCUUGACCCACUAGAGGCUUAUGUGCCGGCUGUAAUUUUAAGUCAGCUGCAGAUUAAGGAUAUAGAGAGAACUCUGGAAGGUGAGAAGCCUGAGUUUACUACAUGUCGAUCACUUUUACGCUCUGGCCCAGCAGCAUCUCUUCGCAUCAACAUUCGAGCAGUGGCACAGUAUGCUUCAGACGGUGGGAAUGGUAAUGCUGCUUCCAGUGAUGUUGAUCAAUGUCUCAGAGCCUUGGAAGAUCUUGAUUCCUUGCUUCUGCGUGCAUCAAGAAAUGAACCAGACAUCUCGGUAAAAUCCAUGAAAGCCAAGAUUGGAAUUGCAGUUGAUGCACUGGAUAGUCUCCUCCAGACUGUUCCCCAAGAUGUGUUGGACAAAGGCAAGGCUGCAGCAGAUGCGUAUAGGAUACCAAGAGACAUGGAACCAGAGAUACUAGACCCUGAAAUCAAGCAAUUGGAAUCAAUCUUGUGAUUGAUGAACUACUGUGUUUUCCUUUCCUCAGCAUCCUGGGAUAAUACCUUCCUCUGAUACACUCAAAUUCAACUAGACUGAGAUCGGGAGUUCCUGGGUUUCAUGGUAGUCCAGUGUACCAUUCCCAAUGAAAUUCAUAUAAUUUCAAAUGAGCGGUUCUUAGUUUGA